UAGAUAUAAAAAUUGAUUUCCGUAUGCAGUGAUUGUGCCAAAGCACUAAUGAUAGUAUAUGCCUUAUAUGAAACGGCCUACGUCGAUGCAUUUUCUUAGCCAAGAAUUCAUCAUCUCGAUAGGCCUACAUACUGACACAAAAGCCUCAAUAGAUUUUCUCGUCAGUUGGAAACAAGGCUGACUGACGUUUACCAGCAGCCUCGCUUUCAAAAUGGCCUACAUUAACCUCGACUCCUUCUGAACAACUAUCAAAAUUCCUAUCUUCCGUGCACAGCAUUAUUGAUUGCGUUGGGAGAGGUUGGCUGGAAAGCUGAACGUGUCCAGGCAGAUCUCGAUCUGACGUCAUUUGUUGGCAAGGGAAUCCCGAUCGUGGAGGGCUUGCCCGUUCUUGUUCUCGUCUGCUAUUGAUUUUCUCCUGUAUAAAAGCGCUGUUUUCUGACUGGUCUGACAGAAUUGAAUGAUACGCUGAACUAGUCGUUUGUUGAACGCUACCAACAGACAACGCCAGAAUAUUUGCUUGGUGCUAUCCGUAUAUGAGAUACUAUCACUGUAUCAGGAUAGAAGUCAACUGAAUCAUCGGGAUCAAGCCAGCUGCUCCACUGAAGAGGUAAACUCUAUCAUGCCUGGACUAAAACGAAAAGCAUCAACAAUGUCAACCAGAAGUGCUUCGACAGCCUCGACCGACAUGCCCGGACUGAAAAGGACCAGAUCAUCAACCAAAGGCGAUGCGUCGCCAUCGCCAGCUAAACGCGCGCAGUUCAAUGGAGGAGCAGCGGCAGCUGGACCAUUUCCCACCGGGCCUGGUGGACCAAUGGAGAUCGUGUUCUCCUUUGAUACAACUGGCUCCAUGUCGAGCUGUCUGAUGGAGGUCAGAAAGAACCUAACCAACAUGAUCAGCCGUCUGCAAAAGGAUAUCCCCGGUCUCCGAAUCGCUGUGUUUGCUCAUGGUGACUACUGCGAUGUACGUAAUUACGUCACGAAAUACGUGGACUUUACGACUGACGUCACGAAACUUGUAGAUUUCGUCAACAAUGUUAGCUCCACCGGUGGCGGAGAUUCGGAUGAGUGCUACGAGUUGGUUCUGUACGAGGUUCGAACCAAGCUCUCUUGGAGUCCUGGGACGCAGAGGUCACUUGUUAUGAUUGGGGACGCUAACCCACACGGCGUGUCAUAUCCUGAGAAUACGCUCAAGUUAGAUUGGAAAAAAGAAACGGAUAAACUCGCCGCAGAGGCAGUACAUAUUUACGGUGUUAACUGUAGUGCUACCGGCAAUGCUGUGGAUUUCUACAAAUCUCUCGCCUCGAAGACAGACGGAAAAUACCUCGAAUUGAAGGCCUGGGACAACAUCUUUGACAUGAUGAUGGCAAUCUGCUACAGGGAACAUGGAGCAGAUUUCUUUAUGGCAUACGAACACGAAGUUCGUUCUCGCGGCCCCGCGGUCUCGCACGAGGUGGACGCCAUGUUGAGAACGUUGAGGCAUUCCGAUGAUGAUGAUGGUUCGGAUAGCGAUGGGACUACUGGUGCUGCAGCGACAACAUGUACGACGGCUGUUCCGGUCGGACUAGUCACCCCAACGAAGACGAAAAAGCCAUCAUUGCUGAUCAAAAAGAAACUGCUACCAGCUCUAAAGAAGAAAACAACAACAACCAAGCCACUGAAGAAGAAGCCAUCAGCAGUGAAAACAAAACCUACUGCUGUGAAGAAAGUUUUCCGCGAGAGACUUGGAAAGCAUCCGCUCGCGUCGUCCCUGGAUUGGUCAAGAUGGCAGCUUAUGAUCAGCAACGCAAAGCCAACCAACCGAUUGGCAAAAAAAUGGAUUCCUGCUCGGUCGGGCGCGCCUGGAUUUAGAAGGAUUGGACUUUUCAAUGGUGAAACUCAGAAACCAGCAAUAUAUGAAGUAGGUGUCAAAUUACCCGAAUCUCGCAAAAUAAGUGGUGUGUAUUUCCGCCCAAGCAAUGGGUUUGAGUUGCGGUGCCAUCUUGAUACUUAUCUGUUCCGACAUGAGCACCUGACCGCACAAAUCAAUGACGUUGUCAACAACAAGUGUGACGUUUAUAUCAGGCGGGCAGUGCUGCCUCCAACGGUAGAUAUUGACGGUGCAAUGCUCUCGGGACCUUUUCAAAUCAGAGACUAUGUCAGGAAGCACGUUGAAUAUGCUUGGAAUAAGCGUAUCUACGGCAAGAGGCGACACAGGGUAGUUAUCAAGAAGGGGAUCAGGAUUUCCAGUGACAAAUUUUGAAAUAUUUGUAACGGUUUAAUCUAAAUGAGCAUCAUAUUACUGUAUAAGUAAGACUUUCUCAUCUUGAACUGUAUCGAGAUAAAGCUAUUAGGUUCUCCAGUAUUGUUGAAGUGCAAUUUGUGUUGGAUAUAGAUAUACAAAUAAAACUUUCACAUUCUGUAUCUAAAUAUUAUGUGUUGAGAUGAGCAUAAUGCAUCGUCAUGUAUCAUUAGUACAAUUGUAUAUACGUACAAGUACAUUAUCGGAUCUUAUUAACGUUUAGCAGCAACAAUAAAAAACCUCGUCACGAAGUGAGGAUGCUCUGUUAUUUUCAGUCAUUAUGGUUCGUGGUACUCCGAGACUGUAAAUAAUUUAAACUGCCGUCACCAGCCACAACGACUGGAAACAUGACAGCAGCUCUUCAUCAUGUGAUUGGGAAGUCCUGAUUAGCCAACAAAAAUGAAGAUCAAAACUCGAGGCCCGCUGACAACACUCUUCAAAUAUCAUUAUCAGAUGAGUGUUCCUAGUUUUGAUGGAGUUUUUAUCUACAUUUGUCUGUUGAAGUUGUAAAUAGCGAAAUAGUUGAUAGCGGUUUGUUUGUUUCUGCGACAUUGUUGUGCUCAAUUUGUAAAUGUUGUAAAUGUAAUAAUAAAAGAAAA